GGCAGACUAAAGUUGCGCCACAGAUGUAGUCAGACUCUGAUGCAGGCACUUCCUGGUCAGACAGUGUUUUCACAGGAACUGUCUCACUCUGCUUUACUCACCUCAUUCACCUCAUUCACAGUCCUGUCAUUGGGUUCCGGUGUUAUUUCCACUCACCUUUCAGUGGUGGUUAACAGAGACGAGACACUGUUACCUUAGUGAUAUCGCAGUUAGCUUGAGAGCUAAAGCUAACGGUAAGGCUGUGCUGUAGCCAUGUCCGCCUCGGCUGGAUGCUCCCCGGCGGGCCACAGCUCGGGCCUGGGCCCCGGUAUGUCCAUGUUCCGAUGGUUAGAAGUGCUGGAAAAAGAGUUUGACAAGGCCUUCGUAGACGUGGAUCUGCUGCUCGGAGAAAUAGACCCGGAUCAAGUCGACAUCACGUACGAGGGUCGGCAGAAGAUGACCACCCUCAGCUCCUGUUUUGCUCAGCUGUGUCACAAAAGCCAGACGGUUUUCCAACUCAACCACAAACUGGAGGCUCAGCUGGUGGAUCUGCGUUCUGAGCUCACUGAGGCUAAAGCAGAGCGGGCAGUGGUAGACAGGGAGGUCCACGACCAGCUCCUGCAGCUUCAUGCUCUCCAGCUGCAGCUUCAUGCUAAACAAGGUCAGGCAGAGGACUCUGACACCAUCAAAGACAGACUGCCUACACCAACACUGGACGAGAUGGAGCAGGAGCUGGAAGCCAGUAAGAAGGAGAAGUUAACGGAGGCAAAGCUGGAAGUAGAGGUCAAACUAUUUAGGAAAGAAAAUGAGGCCCUCCGCAGGCACAUGGCAGUACUGCAGGCUGAAGUGUAUGGAGCCCGACUGGCUGCCAAGUACCUUGACAAAGAACUGGCUGGCAGGGUGCAGCAAAUCCAGUUACUAGGCCGUGACAUGAAAGGGCCAGCACAUGACAAGCUGUGGAACCAGCUGGAGGCGGAGAUUCACCUUCACCGCCAUAAGACUGUCAUCCGAGCAUGUCGAGGUCGCAAUGAUCCCAAGAAACCUCUCCACUCUCCUGUGGGACAUGACCCAGACAUGCUGAAGAAAACCCAGGGAGUCGGCCCAAUCCGAAAGGUGGCGCUGGUCAAAGAUGAUCAUGAGGGACUGGGAAUCUCCAUCACAGGAGGGAAGGAGCACGGUGUUCCCAUUCUUAUCUCAGAAAUCCAUCCAACUCAGCCUGCAGACAGAUGUGGAGGGCUGCAUGUCGGAGAUGCCAUCCUCGCCGUAAACAGCAUCAAUCUGCGAGAUGCCAAACAUAAGGAGGCUGUAACCAUUUUGUCUCAGCAGCGAGGACAGAUUGAGUUUGAGGUGGUUUAUGUGGCUCCAGAGGUGGACAGCGAUGAUGAGAAUGUGGAGUAUGAAGAUGACAAUGGCCAUCGCUACCGACUCUACCUGGAUGAAGUGGAGGACGGCAGCACAGCGCCAACUAACAACAGCUCAGCAUCACUGCAGGCUCUGGAGAAGAUGUCACUGAACAGCAGAGCAGAGAAUGGAGAUACUGGAAUCUCCAGUGGGACACCAUCAGAGGAAACUCCCUCCAAGGCCCCUGAGACUGACACUUCCUCCUAAAGCUUCUGCCAAGCCACUGCUGUGUGAAAGUAGAGGAUCGCUGAAGAAAUUCCUCUCAAAGAACUGAAUCAAAGAUUUCUUUGUCAAAUAGAGGAACAAGAGAAAAUGAAGAGAAUCAGUGUGUUUUCUCUUUUUCCUCUUGGAUCAGGUGUUGGUGAAUGUGAGGUUUAAGUCUGAGCUUGUGGCAAUGAUUUAGGGGUAGAAUAUUCAGAGGUGUAAUGUAUUUCGAGGAGGGAGCGAAACUUAACAGUGUGCAACAUUUUCUGAGAUAUUUUAUGAAGCUACUAACAGGACAUGCUGUAUGUAAGAUACGAACAAAAACAAGUUACUGAUUGAGGCAAAUGUGUCUUUGUGACAUGGUCCUACAGUGUGUGUUCUCCAGGAGAGGCAAGGGAAAUGUGUCCAAAUGAAAGUAGAUGAAAAAAUGAAUGGUAAAUUAUUGUUUGGCAAAAGAGAAUAAAUGUGUUGAGGACUUUCACAGAUGAAGGUGAUUAAUGUAACAUGUCAUUUCAAGGCCUUUUAUUCACAAUUCAGUGGGAUGUUAAGAUUUCUAAACCUCAUCUGUCAUCGCCAAUAUAUUUUUUUACUUUGACAAUUAAUAAAAGAACAAUCUGAUUGGUAUGGGGUUUUUUAAACACAGAAAUCUUGAGUCAAGGUUUUCAGGUGAUGUCAUUUAUUCUCCUGUGACAACAGUGGCUGUGAAAUAGAUCAUUGCAGAUAUUUGAAGUCAACAUAUAGCGUUAGACGUUUGACAUAAAAAUACCCGCAGCCUUCUAUUCUACAACUCUUCUCCUUAAACUCACAAUAGAAUCUGCUUUUCAUUAUCAUGGAGAGUCAGCGUUUGUCAAAACAAUCAAACAAUGCAGGCAAUUUUCUGAUGUAACAUAAGGGAAAAAGUAUGUCCUAAACACUGAAUAUGUGGCAUUGAAAAAUACUUCCCCAACUUCUAAUGGUCAACGUAAUCAUUCUUGUCUUUACAUGUCUGACCAGUGUAUGACCUGUAUCUAUAUUUAUAAAGUGGAGACUGUCAGGUGCAGCUUUUUAACCUCAUUCCACCACUAACUUAGUUUGGCCUAACACUUGUAUGAUAUAAUCUAAACAUAUACAGUCAGUUUGAAUAACAGGCUCUCUCUCUAUCUCCCACUCUCCCUCCCUCUCUCCCUCUCUCCCUCUCUACAUUGUCAUUGUUAUUAUUUGUGGGUCAUUCUUUCUGUAUGUCCCGUUUAGUCGGAAACGCAUCGUCAUAAAACUGUAAGAUCCUCUAAACACUCAUACAUGUGAAUGUGCUGUAUGUUGGCUGGACUGCUACCUGCCAGUGUUCAGGCCCAAAGGAACACCAGUAGAUGGAAUUCUAACUCUGUGACCAUACAGUAUUCGCACGUUCAAGUCCUUUACUUGUUUUUUUUCUUUCUCCGGCUCAUGAUCAGCAUCUUUAUAUAUUUAUGUUCAAGCUAAACACUUUAUUUAGUCUUUGAAUAAAGUUUGGUUUCAAUUUGG